AUGGCGUGGUACUCCAUUCUCCCACCGGAGCUCACCCACCUCGAGAUCUGGGCAGCUCGCAUCUUUUUCGUCCUCGGCCUCAUCACCAUCGGCCCUUGGGCCUUCCUCGUACUCCUCGAUGCGACCCUAUGGCUAUAUCGAAUGAUUCUCUGGGAAUUCCCUCGGAUCGGCGGACGCGCACGUGGUCGACAACGUCCUCGCGCGCCGACCUUGAACGAACGGCCGGGCGGGCAGAAAAGGGCGUUUGGGCUGCGCGGUGUGGAGACCGAGAAUGGUGAUAGCGAGGGAGCCGAUCAAGAUGAUAUAUCAAAUUCCGCGGGGUCGGGGUGUCGCGAUAACGCUCACAAGGAGAAUGUGAGCCCUGUUCAAAGAUCGAGUUCACAAUCGAGUGGGGAAUGA